AUGGCGCGAGGUGGAUGGGGACGUGGCGUGGGGCACGGAGGAGAGCUGGAUGGGCGCCGAGUGCGGCGCACCCAUCUGAAGAAGGUCGCCGGGCUGGAGAAGGCGAGCUGGAGAAGGGCGCCGGGUUGGAGAGAAGGCGUGAGGUGGAUGGGGGUGGCUAGAGAAGGCGAGCGGCGCAGUGGAUUUGCCAGCAGGGGCGCGGAGUUUGAUGCUUCUGUGAGGCCAUCUGAUAUUUACUUUGAUCAUAUGUCGAUUUGGGUGAGGAUUUAUAAUAUUCCUUAUGGUCUGAUGAAUGGAAAAUGGGGUUAUGUGAUUGCAAAGAAAAUAGGGCCUGUUGAAAAAUUAGAUGUGGAUGAUCAGGACCGUGCAUGGGGAGCUUACCUUAGAGCAAAGGUACAGAUCAAUAUAACAAAACCUCUUAUGAGGGGCGUUUCAAUUUUCUCAACCAAAAGACAAGUAAAGGAAUGGUAUGAGGUGCGAUAUGAGAAAUUACCAAAUUAUUGCUACUCAUGUGGAAUUAUUGGACAUUCCUCUGUUGAGUGUCUUACACCAGCUGAGCGAGAUGCAGAUGGCAUGCUCCCUUAUAGUGGAGAUCUGAGAGUUCCAGAUGACAGAAAGAAAAGGCCUUCUGAUGAUGUAAAUGGCCAGAGCUCUAUCUCAGCAGGGAAGAGUGGUGGCACAAGUGGCCAAGAAUCAAUGUCAGGUGCAAUUGAUCUCAGAACACUAAAUAAUCAGGUUAAAAGAGAUUUUAAUGAAGCCUUAAGUAGUGAUGAGCAUUUGGGAAGAACAGGAAGAGGUGAAUCACAAAUGAAGCUCUUUAGGGAAUGCCUAGAGAACUGUGGUCUCCUGGAUCUAGGAUUCUCAGGGCCAAAGUUUACGUGGAAUAAUAGAGGAGGGGACACAAAGGAUUACAGACCUGUCACCCAAAAUUUUAGAUACGAAGCUAUGUGGGCAAGAGCAGCCGACUACAAGGAAGUAGUGGAGAAGAACUGGACUGAAGGGUUGAAUGGUCAUAGGGACCUCCAAACUGCGGACACAACAGUAAGCUAUCUUAUAGAUGAAGCUAAGGGGACAUGGAAUAAGAACCUGGUUAAGGAGUGUUUUAAUCCAAGUGAUGCUGAGCAAAUCUUACAACUGCCAUUAUGCCACAACCAUUGCGAAGAUUUUCCUUCAUGGCCUUAUACUAAAGAGGGUAUCUACUCUGUCAGAUCAGCCUACGACUUGGCAAAAAUGGAAGGAUUCCACAAAUUCUUAAGUAUAAAUGGAAAAGGGGAAAGUUCUGAUAUGACAAAAAUAAAGAGGGUAUGGAAACGACUCUGGAUGAUCAAGGCUCCUGCAAAGAUGAAAAUAAUACUUUGGAGAAUGGCUCAUGAUUGUUUGCUGACCGGAAUGCAACUUAAGCAUAGACACAUCCCAGCACCAUAUGCAUGUUGCUUCUGUGGGCGAGAAGAAACUGUUGAGCAUGCUCUGCUUAUGUGCCAAUAUGCAUAUGAGGUAUGGCGACAAGUAAAGGAGUAUGGAAUCAAAAGAAAUCUCAGAUCCUUUAAUUCAAUUAGACAAUGGUUUUUUGAAUUCCUUGCUGAAGCAUUAGAUGAAGUUUUGACGAUCUUUACUAUCACUGUUUGGCACAUUUGGGAAGCAAGGAAUGCUGUUCGAAAUGGAGAAAGUUGGGUCCAUCCUCAUUGUAUUGCCGAGAAGGUAAAAGCUUACACUGAAAUGGUUUUCCUACACAUGUUUAAACCAUCUACAUCUCACGGGUGUGAACCUAAUUUAUCCAUAGUAAAAUGGGUUCCGCCGCCGGAUGGAUGGCUAAUGGUGAAUGUGGAUGCGGCCACCUUUGAGGAUCCACCACGGAUGGGCAUUGGUAUUGUGAUUAGAGACCAUUCAGGGUCUUUUGUAGCUGCUUUCUGCCAUAAAAUUGAUCGAAUUACAGAUGCUGAAAUGGCAGAAGCUUUGGCGUUUCGUUAUGCCGUGUAUUUUGCAAAGGAGCAUACUCUUCAUCGAGUAUUAGUGGCCUUCGACUGCUUAAAUCUUAUCAACAAGAUAUAA